UAGAAGUGUGACCUCCAAUCACACCAUGGCGGCUGUGCAAACCCCGUCCAUACACAGACGCUGGUGAAAGACCACGUUACGAUUAAUUUACACAGGUAGCAUAGUCGUAUAUUGUAUCAAUGUAAGGGUAGGAUGAAGAAAGUAGUGUUGGUAACCGGUGCAAACAGUGGUAUUGGCCUUGCUCUGUGUGAGCGUCUGUUAAGCCAGGAUGCCCAGCUGCAGCUCUGUCUGGCCUGCAGGAACAUGCAGAGAGCCGAGGCCGCCCGACAGGCUCUUCUAGUGUCUCACCCUCAAGCUCAGGUUACUCUGCUGAACUUAGAUGUGGGCAACAUGCGCUCUGUGCUCAGGGCUGCUGAGGAGUUCAAGCAGAAGUACAACAGAUUGGACUAUCUGUAUCUCAAUGCUGGUAUCAUGCCUAAUCCCAGGGUAGAUCACAAAGCCUUUUAUAAAGGCCUGUUUUCUAGUAAUGUGGUUCGCAUGUUUGCCACGGGGGAGGGUCUUCUGACCCAGGAAGAUAAGGUCACACCCAAUGGUUUGCAGGAGGUGUUUGCCACUAAUCUUUUUGGUCAUUUCCUUCUGGUGAGAGAACUGGAGCCAUUAUUGUGUCAGAUGGACCACAAUUCUCUAGUGACCUGGACAUCCUCCAGUAAUGCCCAGCGAUCAGCUUUUAGUCUAGAUGACAUACAGCAUCAGAAAGGCCGUGAGCCCUACAGCUCCUCCAAAUAUGCAUCUGAUCUACUUAGUUUAGCCCUAAACCGUCACUACAACAACCGUGGUUUGUACUCAUCAGUGAUCUGUCCUGGUCUGGUCAUGACUAACCUCACCUAUGGCAUUCUACCAUCAUUCUUCUGGACUCUCAUCAUGCCCAUAAUGUGGCUUAUAAGGAUUUUUACCAACACUUUUACCCUCUCACCUUACAAUGGAGCAGAGGCUUUGUUUUGGCUGUUCAUGCAGAAACCUGAGUCACUGGACCCGAUGGCCAAAUACCACAGCUUGACCUCUGGGCUUGGAAACAAUUACACCCAACCGCACAAGAUGGAUAUUGAUGAAAACGUGUCAGAGGCCCUCUAUGUGAAGCUAUUAGAACUUGAGGAUACAGUGCGGAAGAAACUGAGAGACGAGGAUAUAGAUAUCAAAGCAAAAAACUAAAUAUGGACACAAAACCUCAUGCAUUCUAUCGCUUAAUAAACCAUUUCCAUCUUGAAAUAUUA